AUGGGCUUUCAACAGCAAGCUCUCGAAGCAGCAGUGGUCAGAGCGAAGCGGCGUAAAACUGGUCUCAACUCAAAGUUCGACCAAAUGGUGGAAACAAUGAAUGCAACUUAUCGAUCUCCCAAGAAACGGCAACGAACACGAUCUUCUUCAGUCAGUAGUUACGGAGUGCCACAAACACCCGUCGAUGUAUAUGAAGGGCUUCAAGUUGGUGCAUUAGGACAGGAUUUCUCCGUAAUAAAGAUGAGAAAUGACUCACGCAUGGACUUGGAAACAGAGGACGAAGAUGCAUCUCAGGUCUCUCAAAAUACCCGAUGCAUUGCGCCCCUACCUGGAUGGCUCUCAGAAACAUUCACUACACUGACGAAGAAACACCCACUCCGACUGCUUUUGCCAAGCUCUAUGCGCGACUCAAAUGCAGAUAGCGCGUCACAGGAUGCUUCUGCCCCUGGGGAACCGGACGACUUGUUUGCAUUUAGACCGCCGCCAACACCUGCUGGGUCAUCCUCAACUGAAAUUUCCAUUCCUGCUCACUUUGCUUCAUCUACGUCUCAAUUUGGACUGUUCUCAACUCCAGGACCUGCUUCGUCUAUUGUUCAGCCCAGCCCACCAAACUCGUUUGUGCCAUCUGCUGCGUAUUCGCAAGAUCAACCGUACAACCCAGCAAGGGUUAUUCUGCCCCCAGCACAACACCAUGAUAAUGAAUAUCUACUGCCAGACAACCGCGAAUAUGUCUCUGCUGCUUCAAAUGAAUUUUCAAUGGAACCAAUGAAUCCUCCUGCUUCCUCUUUUGCUCCUGCUUCUUCCUUCCUUGUUCCUUCUCAACAAUUUCCAUACAGCGAUCCCGCGGUCGGGAACGAUGUUGAACAACAUUUCGACGCUAAUAUACCUAUUCAUGCCUCCACGCCCACUUCAAUGCUGCCCAUAAUUAACAUAGGCCCUUGCUCCCCAAACGACCGUUCCAAUUAUCACGAGAACAAUCUUGAUGCUGCUUCUGAUGAUGACAUAGACCUCCAUUCUGAACUAACCAAUGCCUUUACCGAUCCCGGGUCCGCAUAUAUCUCUUCUCGUCCCCUCUACUUUGACGCCCCCACCGAUGAUCCUUCUUCCGACCCUCCAGAUCCUGCCUACGAAAUAGAUUACGCUACCCUCAACUUCCAAUGGAAGCCAUUCGAUCGCAAGAUCACCGGGUCCCUUGAAUACAAACACCCCAUCAGGCCUAUAACGCAUUACAUACUAGAACAAGAACCGAGUGUAACUGAAGAUCUUGGUAGCCUGCCUCCGUCCAGCGACCAAAUCUCUGGUGAUGACUCCAACUUUUCGAAUUCUGUUCUGCACAGCGGUAAAACGGGCUCUGAUCGUGAGCUUCCGCUGGCUACAUCCAGUGAUCCUCCGAUGGUCGACGACCAUUCGCUCGAUACGACGCAUAACGCGACUGCUCGUGUAAAGGAAAGAACAAUUUCAAUCGAGUCUCAACCUGCUGUAGAUCUGCCUUCUCCUACUCCGUUCCGAUUCACUCCUCCUUCACAGACUCCCUCUUUUUCACAGACCAUUGUCCCCACUAAUGAAUCUUCGCCGCGCCGUCUAGCAUCAUCUCGUAUCACCAAAAAUACACUGCUGGCUGAUGGGCGGCAGCCACCAGCAGCCGCUUCACCCGUAUUUUCUGACCCUUUCUUCUCCCCUCCAAACUUUGGAGAUGAGGCCAAAACCAAGGUGGAAGACCUUCAUGUUUUGAAGAAUGACCUGCUGAAUACGCUGGACAAGAUCGCUCCUGAUCCUCUGACCCGAAAUGAGGAUACACGCGGCGUGGAGGCCAAAUCCCCGACGGGAUCAGAAGACGAUAUUGGAUCUUGGAGCGAGGAGCAGGAGCAGGAGCUUUCACAGCUGGGUCUGUAA